AUGGUGGAGGAUAAAGAAUUCACAGCUCGCAGUGACGUAACGAUCAUCUCCACCGCAAGUCGAUGUGCGAACGUUGAAGCUCUCGCAGUCUUGCUUGAAUGCGUAAGCAAAGUUGGUGAUGUGGCAGACGCAGUGUCUUAUCGCGAUAGCUGGGGAAGCAUGCCACUUCACUGGGCUUGCCAAGUGUCAAUGGGAGAAGAUCCUCGUGAAGUGGCUGCAGAAGUCAUGGAGAACAGGGUGCAACGAAUUAUCACAGUGCUUGGAAUACUGCUUGACUGCAGCCCGAAAACGAUCAACACGCAGGAUCAGUACGGAAAUGCCCCUCUACACUAUGCAGCCAAGCACUACAGUAAUCGCGGACAAGAUGAUACAGCCGUCUUUCAGUACCUUUGUGAGAAAGGCGCUGAUUCUGGCAUUCUCAACCAAAGCGGUGAAACAGCAUUGCACAGCUUAUGUUCUUGCGAUGGAGGAUUGCCACUUGAUACAGCCGCAAUCGAGACUUUACUUGACCAUGUAGCAAAAGUUACAGAUACAGACCAUGACGGAAAUACGCCGCAGCACUUGGCAGUCACGAAUUUUGAGAAUCUUGAUGCCAUCGCUUUUCUGCUCGAUCAUGAUGCAGAUAUAUGUGCAAAGAACUUGAAGGGAGAUAUCCCACUACAUGAGGCCGCGAACGGAUUGUUUUGGCCCAGCAUAUUUAAGGAAAAGUACAAAAACAUGGGAGAUAUACUUAGAAGGCUUCAGGGCGAUGGAGGAAGUCUGAUGGACGAGCUGAAUGCAGAGGGAAAGUCUCCUCGGCAGAUUCAGAAUGAAAGAAGGAUGGAAUUUACGGAGAAAAUAAAUGAUAUCGAGAAUGGAAGGAGGCGAUGGGGAUUAUGA